AUGAUUGAGCUACCAUCCCAAAAAGAAGGAAAGGAAUUUCAAAUUCCAAUUAAAAAACCUUCGUCAAAGAAUGAUUCAUCCGGUCUCUUUCAUACCCUCAUAAAUCCGACACAAAAUGAAACGCGUUCUGGAAAGAGGAGGGAGCCUCAAAAGAAUAAGGACACCAUCACAAGUCUAUUAAGAAAUUCAUCUGAAGACCAUCGGAAAUUAUCAAGCAAUGAGAACAGCAUUGAUCUAUGCCCAACCGCAUUCAAUGGCCCAGUGUUUAACCAUGCAACGAAAAAACAUGUUCAAGAACCACGACCUCAAACAGAGAAGCAACAUCGAAGAAAGAUAGUCACUCCAGUUUGGGAAAGAGGACAAUCCAUCGACUUUGAGACGGCUGGGAUAAUUUCAUCAAAGGAAAAACCUCUAUUUAGCAAGAAAAUUGUUCAUAAUCCAACUCAAACAACACUCGAGCAAGAUCAACAAGCCUUACGUACAGGAAAAGCAAGAGUAAACCCUAUCAGAGAUCCAGACAUGGCAGGAUCCUCUUCAAAACAUAUCAAUUCGAAACCUGAGAGGAAAAAAGUUAUUGUAGAAAAAAGAGAACCUAAGGAAUAUGAGAUCCGUGACACAAAGAAAAGAAUCCCGAGCCCUAAAUAUGUUGGAGUUUCAAAGGCAGAGCCCGUAAGAGGGGGGGGAUUCAUACCCGAAGAUGCCAAACCAACCAUUAAGGUAUCUGUAGAUACCAAACCUAGGGAUAAUAAGGAAGUUCUGACUUACUCAUUCUGUAAGUUUUAUUGCCCUCUUUUGUGA